CCCGGCCGCGUGCAGACGGGAUGUCUGCGCAAGCGCCGAGGUUCGGCCGGUUGGCUGGCUCACUACAGCGCUUGCGUACCAACUACAAGGGCGGGUGCUGGGGUUGAGGCUUUGAAUUAAUGCUGCAGGCACUGCACCUGUUGCUGUUGAGAUGGAGCAGCAGACUAGUAAUCCUACUGACCAAAAAGCCAAAGAGGAAGAUAAUGCUGUGUGUCUGUGUCCAGCAAAACCCUCCCCCAGUUAUAUUAAUCUUCAAGCAAAUUCCUUGCCAGCCACUUUCGUGAACAUCCAGACAACAGAGCUGCCUUCAGGAGCUGGCCAGAAGCCCAAGGAAUGCCUAGGACUCCUAGAGUGUGUGUGUGCCAACCUCCAGCUUCAGACCCAGCUUGCCCAACAACAGAUGGCUAUUUUAGAACACUUGCAAGCUUCCCUGUCACAGCGGGGUCCUGGGCAGGAAAGCAGCAAGGGCUCUCUCCCAGUCUUAUAUUGCAGGCUGCUGUUAAGUCACCUGCCCCAACUCCAUAAAUGAACUGUGGAACAAAGA